AAAACAAAAACAGAGGGAGAGCAGAAACAGAAGCAGGCAUGGGGGAAAGGAACACCGCAUCAGGCGAAGCGAAGACGGUGCUGUCCACGACCGCUUCGAUCCAAAACCUUUCCCCCCCUGUCGCUCUCGCGAUGCCUCUUCUCCUCCUGUUUUCGAUCCGAUGUGACGCUUACCCUCUCCCGGUCUCCUGAAUUAUUGCGUGGGAGAUCAAACCCCCGGGUCGAUGCAUGCACUUUUAAGCCCCUUCUGAUCAACCCUAACCCUCGCAGCUUGAUCUUCUUCCAUGGCCGAUGCCUCCGCCAAGUUCCGCCCGCCGGAGCUCCUACCGCCGGCGGCUACGGCCGCCGGCGACCUCAGCAUCGAGCAGCAGUACGAUGGCCUCCACUUCUGGCAGUUCAUGGUGGCCGGAUCCGUCGCGGGCGUCGUCGAGCACACCUCCAUGUUCCCCGUCGACACCCUCAAGACCCGGAUGCAGGCCGGCUCCCCGCCCUGCCGCCCGCCGUUCGGUCUCCGCCACGCCGUCCGCUCUGUCCUCCGCGCCGAGGGCCUCCUCGGCCUCUACCGCGGUCUCGGCGCCAUGAGCCUCGGCGCCGGACCGGCCCACGCCGUGUACUUCUCCGUCUACGAGAUCUCCAAGGAGUCGCUCUCCGGGGAGAACUCCAACAAUCCGAUCGCCCACGCCGCCUCCGGGGUGCUCGCCACCGUCGCCAGCGACGCCGUGUUCACGCCUAUGGACACCGUGAAGCAGCGUCUCCAGCUCAGAAGUAACCCGUACAAGGGUGUCGCGGACUGCGUCGCCAGGGUUCUGAGGGAGGAGGGGAGCAGGGCGUUCUUCGCCUCUUACAAGACGACCGUCGUGAUGAACGCCCCCUAUACAGCCGUGCACUUCACAACGUACGAGGCAGCCAAGAGGGGGCUGAUGGAAAUCUCACCGGAGAGUGCCAGUGAUGAGCGGCUGGUGGUGCACGCCACCGCUGGUGCUGCGGCGGGUGGCUUAGCAGCAGCUAUAACAACACCGCUCGAUGUGGUGAAGACCCAAUUACAAUGUCAGGGUGUUUGUGGUUGUGAUAGAUAUUCAAGCAGCUCUAUAAACGAGGUUAUACGGGCUAUAUUAAGGCACGACGGUUAUGCUGGGCUGAUGAGGGGAUGGAAACCUAGAAUGCUGUUUCAUGCACCAGCCGCAGCUAUUUGCUGGUCGACAUAUGAAGCAAUGAAGUCCUUUUUUGAAAAGCUGAAUGACCAAGAGUGAGCAUCCCAAGAUUCCUAAAGGACGGCUUCUCUUUCAGAGUUCUACAUCUCAUACAGAAAUAUAUGCCCUAUUCACUGAUUAAAACCAGCAUAAAAAAUGUAUGCUGCCAUGGCUGCCGCUGUCGAAUUGUGUUACUCCCACAUCUAUUCCAAAGUUGUAUCUGUACAAGUUUUCUUGUUGAAAGAAAUGAUGAUCAUGCUUGGAUGUGGGAAUUGAUGUGGGAUCAUGAUUCCAUCAUCACAUCAUCAUGCAAUGUGUUGGAAGAAACUCAUGCUCAAACGAAGAUUGAUUUUGUUCUCUGUAUGUGCAGAGUUGAAAAGACAAAUCAUGAAAAGAUUACUCGUUCAAUGGAAGGAUGAUGUUAAUUGGCUUCCUGAAGUGUGGAAGUGAUUUUUUGUAUGUUAAUGAUUACUUGUCAUGCCUCAGUUGAUUUUUA